AUGCAAAGCUUAUGUUUUGCAGUUGGUAUCACCACAGUGACAUUAUCUCCCGACGCCGACCCUAUCAACGUGAGAGAGAAUACCCAAACGACACUGCAGUGCCGAACAUCGGGCGGGAUACCGGCUGCCAAGGUCAAUUGGUUUAUCCAAAGGUCAGGACAGGUGCAAGACGUAACGUCGCUUUCCACGAACACGUACCAAGAGGAGGGAGACCUCAACGUGACGUUGAGCACACUUAACUUCACCCCGUUAAAGUUUGAUCAGAGUGGCCAGAUAUACUGCUCAGCAAACAAUGUGGGAGUGGAUAGGAUUUCCACAAAGCCAUCUAUCAAUGUAUUAUAUGGUCCGAAAACGGGAAUAUUGCAGAACGUUAGUAAAGUCCGCGGGGAAAACCUUGUUUACCAGUGUUUGUACACACCGGGAAACCCUCCAACUGUUGACUUUGAGUGGACGAGGUCCGGAACAGAUAAUUCCUGGGUCAAACAGAAUACACAGAACUUGACCAUUCCAAACGUACAGCGAAGUGAUGAGGCCAGUUACACUUGUAACGUGUCCAGCCUUCUCCGGCCCACUUUGAUAUCAGCGAUGAUCACACAAUGGGGCGGAAAAUUUGAUGUUACAACUCAACAACGUAUCCCACGCAUCUGUAGAAGUUGA